AUGCACAAGCGGGACCUUGUUGCUGGUCUUCCCCGGGUGCUCCCUCCCCUUCCCGUCUCGCCUGCUCCUCCCUGUAUUCCCUGUGUCGAGGGACGGCAGCGCGCCGCUCCUCACUCCUCCUCCUUUCCCCCGACGACUGCUCCCUUGCAGACGCUCCACAUGGACGUGUGGGGCCCAGCCCGCGUCCGUGGUCAGGGUCAGGAGAGGUACUUCCUGAUUGUUGUUGACGACUUCUCGCGCUACACCACGGUCUUCCCCUUGCGCGCCAAGGGUGACGUCCCUGAUGUCUUGAUCCCUUGGAUCCGCAGAUCUCGUCUCCAGCUCCGUGAGCGUUUCCGCUCCGACUUCCCUGUCCUCCGUCUGCACUCUGACAGAGGUGGGGAGUUCUCCUCUGGCCUAUUGGAGGCCUUCUGUCAGCAGGAGGGCAUUGAGCAGUCGUACACGCUUCCGGACUCUCCACAGCAGAAUGGGGUUGCUGAGCGCCGCAUUGGUCUGGUCAUGGAGCUCAACCUCUGGCCCCGUGUCUCCUUGCCCGAGACUUCUCCGACACUGCGUUGGACGGGAGAGGCUGGUGAUGCGUCGCGUUUUCGGGUCUGGGGAUCCCGAGCUUUUGUCCGCGACACGUCCGCGGACAAGCUCUCCCGUCGCACUGUCCCCUGCGUCUUCCUUGGCUUUGUCCCGGACGCCCCUGGUGCUGAGGUACCAGACCCCCUCCCCCCUCAGGGUGCCGCUCCCUCAGGUGUGUCCCAGGUAGACCCGGGUGAGCCUGUCGAGGUAGCUGUUGACUCUCGUCCUGCUCGGGGUGCUGAGCCUGGGAGUGCUGAGUCUGGGGGUGCGGAGCCUGGGGGUGCUGAGCCAGGAGGUGCGGAGCCUGGAGGUACGGAGCCUGGAGGUGCUGAGCCUGGGGGUGCUGAGUCUGGGGGUGCUGAGCCUAGGGGUGCUGAGCCUGAGCGUGCUACACCUGGAGGAGCCCUCUCCUCCCAGCAGCUGCAGGAGAGGUACCUCGAGUACUGCCGCCUCCGGAGAGGUGCUACUGGAGCUCGUCCCGGUACUUCCCCUCCUACCCAGGAGCUCCCCCCCAUUCAGCAGAUCCGCGAGUGGUACACACGGCGCUGCAGUCUUCGGAGUGGUGCUCCUGGUGCUGCGGACCCUGGGGGUGGCGCUGCUGCUGGUACUGAGGACCCGGACGUUGGAGCUGCUGUUGGUGCUGCGGACCCGCCUGGUGGAGCUGCUGCUGGUGCUGAGGACUCGGACGUUGGAGCUGCUGCUGGAGCUGAGGACCCGGGCGGUGGCGCUGCUGCUGGUGCUGAGGACCCGGACGGUGGAGCUGCUGCUGGUGCUGAGGACUCGGACGGUGGAGCUGCUGCUGGAGCUGAGGACCCGAGCGGUGGCGCUGCUGCUGCUGCUGAGGACCCGGGCGUUGGAGCUACUACUUGUGCUGAGGACCCGGCCGGUGGAGCUGCUGCUGGUGCUGUGGACCCGGCCGCUGGAGUCUCCUCUGCUUCUGGAGACGCUGCGCGGCCACGACCGUACUUCGUACCGCUCCUUCAGCAGGUUCUUGGGCAGGCUCCUCCUCCUUGUCCUCCUCCCUCCGUAGAGUGUCCUCUGCCUGUCCAGUCGCAGUCACAGUUACCGCCUACCUCGCCUCUCCCUGCUCCCUCUCCUUACACUGGUCCCACAGGAGGUCUUACAGAGCGUCGUGGGCCUGAGUCUCGUCCUGCGUCGCCUGUUCGUCCUGCUCGCACUGGUAGUCGUGUCCGUCGUGAGCGUCCUCCUCCUGUCCCAGGCACUCACUACAUGACUCUGCGUCCCUCUACUGCUCCUCAGCGUGUCCCUCUACCGUCUCCUCCCGCGUCUUCUUUGCCUCACGUUCCGGACCCUGAGUCUGACCGGUACCGUGCUGAGCACCCUACUGUCACGCGUCUCCUCGCUACUGUUGUCACUGACCCUACCUUUGAGUCCUCGACUGCGUCUGCUCUGGUCGCUGAGUUGGUUGACUUUGCUGCUGCCUGUCGUCUAGACUACGCUGCUAGCCUUGUUGCUGAGUCUGAGUCUGUCUGUCCUCCGUCCGUCGGGGGUGCGUGUGCUCUUGGCACGGACGUCCUUGAGGACAGACAGGAGGAGUUCCAGUGUCUUGCUGCUGCUUUGCCCCGUCUCGUGUCCUUGCUAGUUGCCCCUGAGGGAGACCCGGAUGCACCAGACAUCCCGACCCCACGCACUUACGCUGAGGCGAUGGCGGGUCCCUACUCCUCUCAGUGGCAGACAGCCAUGGACGCCGAGAUGGCUUCCUGGAAGUCCACACGCACCUACGUCGACGAGGUUCCCCCUCCUGGGGCGAACAUCGUCAGUGGCAUGUGGAUUUUCAGGGUGAAGCGGCCGCCGGGUUCUCCGCCUGUCUUCAAGGCGCGUUACGUGGCUCGAGGCUUCAGUCAGCGAGAGGGAGUUGACUUCUUCCAAACCUUCUCCCCCACCCCGAAGAUGACUACUCUUCGGGUGCUGCUGCACAUAGCCGCUCACCGCGACUACGAGCUUCACUCACUUGACUUCAGCACUGCUUUCUUGCAGGGCAGCCUGCACGAGGAGAUCUGGCUGCGCCGCCCACCUGGCUUCACUGGGUCGUUUCCUCCUGGUACCCAGUGGAGGCUUCAGCGGCCGGUCUACGGUCUCCGCCAGGCUCCGCGUGAGUGGCACGACACACUGAGGACUACACUUGCGGCUCUUGGGUUCGCGCCUUCUACAGCUGACCCGUCGCUGUUCCUGCGCACCGACACUUCGCUGCCGCCGUUCUACAUCCUCGUGUACGUCGACGACUUGGUCUUUGCCACUGCUGACACUGCAGGACUCGCCUACGUGAAGUCGGAGCUGCAGAGGAGACACACGUGCAUAGACCUGGGUGAGCUGACAAGCUAUCUUGGCUUGCGGAUCACCCGGGACAGAGCACGGCGCACCAUCACCCUGACUCAGUCACACAUGGUGCAGCAGGUUCUCCAGCGCUUUGGCUUCACGUACUCCUCGCCUCAGUCCACUCCUCUGCCUACCGGUCACUCGCUCUCAGCUCUGCCUUCGGAUGAGUCCGUAGAGCCGAGUGGCCCCAUCCUUGCACGCUACGUCGCUCCUGGCCGUCACAGGAAGGAGCACAUGGAUGCCGCUAAGAGGGUGUUGCGCUACUUGUGCAGUACUUCGGGCAUGGGGCUUGUGCUUGGAGGGCGAGACCGAGUUGUGCUCACAGGGCACUCAGACGCUUCUUGGGCAGACGACCAGGCCACUCAGCGGUCGUCUCAGGGUUACACCUUCAGCCUUGGCUCUGGCUCAGUUUCUUGGCGCUCUACACGCUCUUCUUCUGUUCUCGGCUCCAGUUGCGAGGCUGAGAUCUACGCUACAGCCAUGGCUGCCCAGGAGCUACGCUGGCUGACCUACCUGCUGACUGACCUCGGAGAGCCGCCUCGUUCUCCUCCAGUACUGUACGUCGACAACAAGGCUGCUAUUGCCUUGUGUGAGGAGCACAGACUGGAGCACAGAACGAAGCACAUCGCCCUGCGGUACUUCCUUGCUCGAGAGCUGCAGCAGCGCGGUCAGCUUUGUAUUCGCUACGUGGCCACUGAGGCCAACACUGCUGAUGUGUUCACCAAGGCGCUUCAGCCUCGUGACCAUCAGCGCUUCUGCACUCUACUAGGCCUUGUGCCUACUGGACCUCACUUGCUUACCUCUUGA